CUUGGGCUAAGCUAGGGGACGGACUAAUAGCAAAGCCAGCCUCACUCCAGCCGGUCUGAGGGCACAGGCAGCCAUCUGUCCACUCUCUGUGCAAUAACUGACAACAAAGGGGGCAAACAUUUAACAAGGACUGUAAAAUAGAGGACUAUUCAUUCUUGAGAGACAAGGGGAGAGACGAGGGACCAUUUCACUGUAAUAGAAGGUGUGGCAUGGCGGCAGAGAGUUAUCUUCCUCCAUUAGUUGAUAGCAUUUAGUGUGAAGUUUAGCAGUCUCAAGACCUUUGUUUGAAGUAAAGAUGUCUGACAAGGAGGAAGUGUGCUCAGAUGGAGGGUUAAAUGUUACUCUCACAUUACGACUCCUGAUGCAUGGCAAGGAAGUGGGAAGCAUAAUUGGAAAGAAAGGGGAAACUGUCAAAAAGAUGAGAGAGGACAGUGGGGCCCGCAUCAACAUCUCAGAGGGUUCCUCUCCAGAGAGAAUAGUCACCAUCACUGGACCAACUGAAGGCAUCUUCAGAGCUUUCUCCAUGAUUGCAGAGAAGUUUGAGGAGGAUAUUACAGCUGCGAUGACAAACAGCACAGUAACGAGUAAGCCGCCAGUGACACUUCGCCUGGUGUUUCCAGGAAGUCAAUGUGGCUCCUUAAUAGGCAAAGGAGGUUCAAAGAUCAAAGAGAUUAGAGAGACCACAGGAGCCCAGGUGCAGGUGGCUGGGGAUAUGCUGCCAGACUCCACAGAAAGAGCUGUCACCAUCUCAGGCACUCCUCCGGCUAUUACACAGUGUGUGAGACACAUCUGCUCUGUUAUGCUGGAGUCACCACCCAAAGGAGCAACUAUCCCAUACCGUCCUAAGGCUCCGCCGGGACAAAACCAUGCAGUAUUAGCACAUCAACACUCCGCACCAGCCUUUGCUUUUCAAGGACAGUAUGCUUUCCCCCAUCAAGAUUUGACCAAGCUUCACCAGUUGGCUAUGCAGCAUAUCCCCCUCCCUUCCCUUGGGCAGAGCAACCCUACCUUCCCUGGAAUGGAUGCCUCUAUCCCCACUAGUUCUCAAGAGCUGGCUAUACCUAAUGACUUCAUUGGCUGCAUUAUUGGCAGACAGGGCAGUAAGAUCAAUGAGAUUCGCCAAGUAUCAGGAGCUCACAUCAAAAUAGCCAGCACCACUGAUGGAUCCCCCAUGCGCCAAGUCACGAUCACAGGCUCUCCAGCUAGCAUCAGUGUGGCUCAGUACCUCAUUAAUGCCAGCUUAGAGAUGGCUAAAUACACCAUGCAGACUGCUUCCGCUGGCAACCCUGUUGACCUCAACAUGAGCUUCUCUCAAUCUGCUCCUACUGUCUCCACACCUACCUCUAUGGCUGUCCUGGCUGCCUCCACCCAAGCCCCCAACACCAUUAACGUCCACUCUCCCUCCACCCUACCGGCCAUCCCCACCCCACAGCACUAUGCUGUCCCUGUCUCCAGUCUGCUUGGCAUGAAAACCCUCCCUGUGCUGGCAGUCCACCCAGCCUCUGGUCUACCGCAAGGUCUAUCCCCUUACACCGCUAAGAUCCAAACUGCUGGGAUGAAAAAAUCUGACCGCCAAAAGUUUGCGCCGUAUUGAUAUACAAGCUUUCUUGGUCUUUGUUUUCAUUUGUACUGAUCUUACAAGCACUGUCUAGAGAGACAGUCGGAAACUAAUUGCAUACUUACCGGCAUAUUAAGGUCAGUAGGGCAAUGCUUUGUUACCUGCUACAGGUAAAAUCUAUGACCUACAUAAUAAAGGGAAAAGCAAUUAUAUGUCAAGUCAAGCAUUUCUCUUAUAUAGACAUGAACAUGUAUGGCAUGGCAGAGCACAGGGACUAUAGAAGCUCAUCAGCAGCAUAAUAACAAGCACAGCAGAUCUUCUUUAUGUGCCUGAAUUGUGUCCCACUGAAGUUUACAAAAAUAAUUUUUCAUGGAAUUUCUAGCUCAAACGUUUUCUUAUAUGAGCUGUACUGACAAUUUACUCAAAGUACUUUUUAUUUUGUAUUGGUAUAAAUAGUUAACCAGUCAUUUAGAUUUUAGAACAGACAGUGUCAUGUUAAAUUACACUUCUACCUUUCCAGGAACGUAUUGAUGCAUUUUUCUG